CGUCAUCAGGACGCGCACGCGGAGCUCCUCACCGCCUUCGCCGUUUCUUUAGGUCCCAUCCCGGCUGCCGUCGCCCAUCGCCUUCGGUGUUUUAAUCUCCCCAUUCAGCUUUCCUUCCUCCCUCUCGAGGCUCCGAGACCCCACGUAGUGCGGUCCGAGAAGGAGGACACGGCCCCUGUGCCUCCCUCGCCCAUUCCCCGACUUCCCCGGGCCAGCCUCAUAUUAUCAAGGCCAGCUCCCUCAGGGUGGUCGGUAGGUUUCCACCAUGAGCCACUUCAACCUGGACCGGUUCCGCUUUGAGAAGAGGAAUAAAAUUCAGGAACAGCCCGAGCCAGCCCCCCAGCCUCCUCCUCCUACUCCACCUCCUCCUCCUCAAGUUGAACUUCCUUCACCUGUUUCCAUUAUUGAAGAUGAUGAUCUUGAAAGGGGAAAAGGUAGCAGGCCAGGAACACCAGAUUCAGAUAUAACAGAAAAAACAGAAGAUUCCAGUGUACCAGAAACUCCAGAGCCUGAAAGAAAGUCAGGGGUAUCAUAUUUCAGGAAUCAAAAAGGAAUACAGUUUAUCGAUUUAUCUUCGGACAGUGAAGAUUUUGCCUCCCCAAAUUGUUCUAAUAUAAAUCAAGAGGAAAAGUCUGAAAGAGAACCUGUGAUUAUAGUUUCUGAGCAAUCUGAAGAUGAACAGACUGAAGAGUAUUCUAAUAUGACACAAAGGAAUGAUGAUAUCUCAGAAUUGGAAGACCUUAAAGAUGCAAAGCUUCAGACUUUGAAGGAACUCUUUCCACAAGGAAGUGACAGUGAUUUACUUAAGUUGAUUGAAUCAACAAGUACAAUGGAUGGGGCAAUAGCUGCUGCAUUGCUGAUGUUUGGUGAAGGUAUACCUCGGAAAAGAAAAUUAGAUUCAUCUUCCUCAUACACCUCUGAAGAUGAGGAUGAUGAGAAUAAUCAAACUGUAAAAAGGAAACGGUUCCAUCCUCUUGAAGAGCCCAAGGAUUUUGAAGAAUCGGAAGAUAAAUGGGACAAGCAGGAAGCAAUUGUAGCAAAGCUGCAGACUGAGUUUCCCAGUUUGGCUAAAGAGGAACUGAGAGAAGUACUUAAGGAACAUGAAUGGAUGUAUAAUGAAGCUUUGGAAUCUCUAAGAGUAUUUGCUGAAGAUCAACAAGGUAAAAAAUCUCUGCCGUAUACCAUCAUGAAGCAUACAGAUUUCACAACUACAAAUAAGGUUACAAUGGAUGUACAGUAUCCUUCAAAAAGUGAAGUUUCUAAUGGAAAAGCAGUCUCAAGAAAGAGUCAGAAUCACCUUAAAAAUACUCCUAAAACAAAGCUGAAACAAAAAUGUUCUGUUAAAGCACAGAAUGGUUUUAACAAGAAAGGCAAAAAAACUUUUUUCACUUCUAAAAAGGAAAUGCCAGACUCUGAGUUUGAUUCAGGCUCUGAUGUCGGGAGCUCUUUGGAUGAGGACUACAGCAGUGGUGAAGAAGUGAUGGAGGAUGGCUACAAAGGUAAAAUACUUCACUUCCUGCAAGGGGCUUCAAUUGGUGAGCUCACUUUGAUUCCCCAGUGUUCUCAGAAAAAGGCUCAGAAGAUAACAGAGCUCCGGCCCUUUAACAGUUGGGAAGCUCUGUUCACAAAAAUGUGCAAGACAAAUGGCUUGUCAGAAGAUUUAAUAUGGCACUGUAAAACAUUGAUCCAAGAAAGGGAUGUAGUUAUAAGACUUAUGAACAAAUGCGAAGACAUUUCAAAUAAAUUAACAAAGCAGGUGACCAGGCUUACUGAAGGUGGAGGUGGAUGGAACAUAGAUCAACCUUCCAUUCUAAACCAAAGUUUGUCUCUCAAGCCAUAUCAGAAGAUUGGUUUAAAUUGGCUAGCACUACUGCAUAAACAUGGACUAAAUGGUAUUUUGGCUGAUGAAAUGGGUUUAGGGAAAACAAUUCAAGCUAUUUCCUUCCUGGCAUAUCUCUACCAAGAAGGUAAUAGAGGUCCUCAUUUAAUUGUUGUGCCAGCUUCAACUUUAGACAAUUGGAUAAGAGAAGUUAAUUUAUGGUGCUCUAAUCUAGAUGUCCUCUUUUAUUAUGGUUCUCAAGAAGAUCGCAAACAGCUUAGAUAUGAUAUUCAUAAUAAAGUUGUAGACUUCAAUGUGAUUGUGACUACGUAUAAUUGUGCAAUUAGCAGUUCUGAUGACCGCAAUCUAUUUCGACGGCUGAAACUUAACUAUGCAAUCUUCGACGAGGGCCACAUGUUGAAGAAUAUGGGCUCUGUACGCUACCAGCACCUCAUGACCAUUAACGCAAAGAAUCGUCUGCUUCUAACAGGCACUCCUGUUCAGAAUAAUCUAUUGGAACUCAUGUCUCUCUUAAAUUUCGUCAUGCCUCAUAUGUUCAGUAGCAGCACCAGUGAGAUCAGAAGAAUGUUCUCUUCCAAAGCAAAGUCAGCUGAAGAACAAAGUAUAUAUGAAAAGGAGAGAAUAGCACAUGCUAAGCAAAUUAUAAAGCCAUUUAUUCUGAGAAGAGUAAAAGAAGAGGUCCUUAAGCAGCUACCUCCCAAAAAAGAUUGUGUCGAGCUGUGUGCAAUGUCAGAAAAACAAGAACAACUGUACUUUGGCCUUUUUAACAAAAUGAAGAAAUCCAUCAAUGGCAUGGAGAAAAGCUCAGAAAUGGGCAAUGUGAUGAUGCAACUAAGAAAAAUGGCCAAUCACCCUUUAUUACAUCGUCAAUACUACACAGCUGAAAAACUCAAAAUAAUGUCACAGCUUAUGCUAAAGGAACCUACACAUUGUGAAGCUAAUCCUGACUUGAUUUUUGAAGAUAUGGAAGUCAUGACAGACUUUGAACUACAUUUACUUUGCAAACAGUAUGCACAUAUCAAUGACUUUAUGUUAGACAUGGAUCUCAUUUUGGACUCUGGAAAAUUCAAGAAACUAGAAUGCAUUUUGUCUGAAUUAAAAGAAAAGGGUGACAGGGUUGUAUUAUUUAGCCAGUUUACCAUGAUGCUGGACAUCUUAGAGGUUCUUUUAAAACACCAUCAGCAUAGAUACCUUAGAUUGGAUGGAAAGACUCAGAUUUCUGAAAGGAUUCACCUAAUUGACCAGUUCAAUACAGACAUGGAUAUCUUUAUAUUUCUGCUUUCAACAAAAGCUGGUGGACUUGGGAUAAAUCUGACUUCUGCAAAUGUUGUCAUACUUCACGAUAUUGACUGUAAUCCUUACAAUGACAAGCAAGCUGAAGAUCGAUGCCACAGAGUAGGUCAGACUAAUUGCCCGGAGAGCAGCUCCAAGUUUGUGAGUUCCGAAGACAGCAGCAACUACCAGCUGGGACCAGGACCAGGGCUGGGGCCGGAGAUCAGGAGGAUUCAGGAACAGGAGCAGCUGGGACCAGAGAUCAGCAGUGAGGAACUGAGGAACAUGGGCUCAAGCAGAUGGGCGAGAGAAGUGACUUAUCUCUUCUUUGCCAAGAGUCCUCUGAGAAGUACACGUCAUAAAGUUAAUAAGUCAAGGGACAAUAGAAGAAUCUAUGCUCAAAAUCAACCAACAGAAACUGAAACUAGAACAAGAUAUGACCACAACAGAUGAAGGUGAUGAAGGAAAUGUACCUGCAGAUAUAGCUACAUUGCUAAAGACAUCAUUAGGUCUCUAAAAGAAGGAUUUCUAAUUGAGGAGAAAAUACCAACUUGGUGCGCCCAAGGACAUUUACAUUACUGAAGACCAUGGGAUUUAUGAACAUUUAUAACUUUUUAUAAUAUCCAUAUUGUAUUUCUCAUGGUAUGAAAGAUUUUUGCCACUAAAUGAAUUCUCCAAAUGCUCAAACCUGAAAUAUAUAAUUGCCACAGAAACGUAGUCCUUAAGAUGUUGAAUAAUCAUAUUUUACAAAGCAGUUUUCCAAAUGGGGAUUAGUUGGUGAUUGUUUGUAACAGAUCUGCUAAUGCUUUAGAUAUGUCAGUAUUUUUGUAAUUAUUUCUACCUCCAAAUAUAUAUAAUACUGUCUUUCACUGGAUAAUGUGUGUAGAUUUUUACAUGUGCCUUAUUUGACAAUGCUUAUGUUUUGUUUUGCUUGUCUUAACUCAUUUGAAGUACUGUUUUUAUAUUAACUUAGUCAAAUAAAACUGUAUAGAUUAUGUAGCUUUAGUUUUAUUACUGUUUGAAGCAGAUGCUCACCAUUGUCAUCAAGAACUCUGACCAGAAUUUCAAGGUGGUGAUCUCUUACCAACGUCCCCCUCCGCCUCCCCAUGUUUGCCUAGGGACUGUUUUGCUUUCCUAUGAAUAGUAAUGAAAAUAAGCCUCAUCUUGGAUUUUUUCCUAGGUGGAUGGAUUAUCACUAUGGAUUACUUAUUUUUUGUUCCUCGCUUUAGCCUUGCACUAGUUAUGCACAUCCCUCUGGCUAGCCAUGUGCAUGCCUCUUUUGAUUUGCUUCUCUUGGCACUUGCUGCCCUGAUGUUCCUGUUUCAACUUUCUUUUGCUGUCCAGAUCAUUAUUUAUUCCUGCCACAUCUCCAUGCAUCAACAGAGUGUUGAUGGAACUCUUCUAGACUGGCAGAAUAAAUUCAGUUUUGCUUUAAUAGCAAAUUGAAUGUGAAUUCAGAUAGAGGCAGCAUUAGGUACUACACAGAAAUUUAAGUAUAAAUCUUGGGUGGAGACAGUAUGAUGAAUACAUCAUUAACUCCACAGCAUUCCCAAGAUUUAAUUUACCAGUUUCCAGGAUAGUCAGUCCUGAAAAGUUAGAACCUCAGUUCAGUGUGGUUGACAGUGAAGAGUUGGAAGAACUAAAAUUGUCUUUUGGAUAUCAUCUCUUUUUGAAGUCUUUAUAAAAUUUUGCCUAUUGUCAGUCAAAAUUGCUGUUUUUAUUGUACAUCUAUUUCUUUGUGUAACUUGUGAGCUUCAUGUGUUUUUGUUUCUAUUCUGUAAAUAUUAUUAUAAAUAAACUCUUAUUUAUAAAUGGAAAGUGUUAAAAACCUAUAGGAUAUUAAUAUUUUGCAAGGGAUUGUACAUUUACAAAUGAAAACAAAGAUAUGAAGUAAUAACUUGCUAUGUAUGCUGAAAUGAUUUUUGAGAUCAAGUGAAACAUCUCAAAAUUUUUGAGAUUGGUCCGUAAAAGGUUCACAGUAGUGAGCUACAUUAUGGAAAUUCUGAUCAUAUUUUGGUUUGGCUGUCUGUUUAGGCUGUUUGGUAAUGUAAAGCAAUGAUUCUUUUUAAAAUGCGAGAGCUUUUUAACAUUUAAAAUGUUGUUGGCCCCCCACGUGAUAGCAGUUCCAUUCAUGUUGCAUGUUUGUUGGAGCUAAAUAGAUAUAGCCAACCACAUUUGAUGUACAUAUGGAUUUAAGGAAGAAUGGAAAGAGAGACCAUUGAUUUUUAAAUAUCCUUUUGUCACAACUUCAAUUGUAAAAGAAGUAAAACUAUUUAGGGUCAUAACUUUUGAUCUGGAAGGGACCUUAGAAGUCAUUGAAUUCAGUCCUCUUAUUUUACAGACAAGAAAACUGAGGCACAGAGAAAUGAAAUUAUUUGCCCAGAGACCUGGAAUUAGUGUCAGAUGUUUCAGUCCCAGGUGGUCCUGAUUCUUACAUCCAGUCUUUCGUUCACUAUACCUCUGGGAACAAAAUACUUACAGAUUUUGUUUUAUAGAGUUUAUGACAUCAAUGUAAAACAAAUUUUAGCAACAAUGACAAAAAUGUAAGGGGAAAAAUGUUAGUUACAUUUACAAUUAAUUUUCUAGAAAGCAAUAUAGCACAAGCAAAGAUUUACAAAGGUUCAGGCCAUGGGCAAAAAAAUAAUCCCAGACCAAUCAUUAGUCUACAGUCUGGUUUCUGGCCUCUGUUUUAUCCAAUUAGCAAUCACAGGAAUGUUUUGAACUUUUUCUCGUAAGGCUACCAGUUUAGGAUGCUUGUCCAACAAAUCUUGUUUAAGGACCAAAAGUGUGGUACUGCAAAUGUCCCAGUAGAAAUCAGCCCAGGUUACCUAAUUAAAGAAGGAAAAAAAUGUUGCUUACGGUUUUCAUUUUUGUGUAAAUUAGUAAUUUAACUGAAUUGUAUUCUAAAGGGUAAACUUUAAUGGGGGGGAAUCAUUUAUCUUUACUUUGCAUCUUCUGAGUGAAAGCCAAACAAGUAAUUAUUCCUCCCCAAAGUUUAGGGAGAAAAUGACCAAGAAGGCAACAAAUAGAGGAGUGAGAACUUGAGAAUGGAAAUGAUCAUUAUCCAUAUAAUUCUAUCUAUAAACUAUGCUCUGAGACAAAAGUACAUAUACAAAAAAAUGAAAUUCUUACUAUUCAUGGGCUCUUGGAUCUAUGUAAUCCCAGAAAAGCCAUUAGCUCAUAGAAUCAAUAUAUGGAAUAGGAUCUUGGGACCAUAGUACCUAGAGCUGAGUCAAACCAUUGGUACUAGUCCAGUCUCCUUAUUGAACAAAUAAGGGAACUGAGUUUCAAAGAGAGGUAAUUUUCCUAAGGCACCAAGCCUUAACCCAAACCAGGAAAUCUGUUCUUUCCACAACCUCCCUCUUUCCCUGACUCCCACCAAUUUCUCAUAUUUCUUGAACUUGUUCCCUAACUAUCUGUUUCUCAGUCAGACAAGUAAGUUGAUGGCAAGUUUCUUUAGCUGUUUUUCUACAGAUUUUAUAAAUUCCUCAAUAAAGACAUUUUUAUUUUGAAUGUAAAGAAACAGAUUAGAGGGAACAAAAUGAGAAGAAAUUAGUGCAAAGAGCCAAGUGACCUUACCUUUUGGGGGUUCAUCUGUAAGACAAUUGUUGACCCUUAUGAGGUCCUUUCCAGUUCUAAAAUCCUAUGAUUGAAGAGGGAUUAUGAACUGCUAUGGGUUGCAAGAAGACAGAGAUGUGAUGAAAGUAGAAAGAGGGAAUGAUGUAACCAGAGAGGUUUGUUUGCUAAAGAGGGAAACUAAGAAAAAAAUAGAGCUAACAUUAUGGCCAUUUGUCCAAAGGCAAAUAGCAAUGUCAGAGCCUGUAUUUCUCUAGUGGUGGCUUUAGGCCUGGCUGCUCUGGGCUUCAGUGGUCCCAGCUCCCAGCAUCUGCAGCUCUUGCUGAUGAUAUUGAGAUGUCAGAUCCUUUUCCAUUGCCUAACUGAAAGAAUUUUCAGGACAGCUCCAGUAGCAAAUGGAAUGAAGGAGGUAUCAGCCCAUGUGGUUUAGGUUUCUUAAGUGAAGUAUAUUCUCAAAUAUAAUUAAAAUACUGAAAAAAUGUGCCUACAUUGUUCAAGCAAUUGUGGGCAACAGUUCUGUGACUGGUUUAUUACAAUAUAGUUUUAUUUGUUGAGUUCUCAAUAUUUGGGGGUAUAUAUUCUCAGCAUGAGGAUUUUGCUUCUGUUUAUGAAGAAUACUUUCUGGUUGAUUAUUCUGGCCGUUCUUGCUUGUCUGCCUAGGUAUUUUAUAGCUGUUUAAAAAUGGCUCUACUACUUCCUUACAUAAUCUGAAUUGAUCAAUAAAUCUUAUUUCCUCAUGGGUAAUCUUUUUUUUUUUUAGCUGGUGGGAAUGAUUGAUUUUUGGACCAUCAUAAGCCCCUCAUUUCAAUACACAAAUGUGCAUGACUAUUAGUUGAAUUCAUGUCUGUUUCACCCAUGAAAAGGGCUGUUUGGCUUAGCCGUUUCGUAGGCUCUGCUCAAAGGUUUAUGUUUGACAAACCCAGUGACAUACAUUUAAUUGGCCUUUACUGUUGCUUUGUGAAGUGUGCUUUCUGUUUAUCCCAGAAAUAUUUCUGUUUGUUUUCAAUCUAUUGAUCUUAUGUUCUGAGAACAUCGAUCCAGAGCUUGUAUUUCAUUAUUAUUGUAUGUAUUUUUAUUUGGGUACUUCCUAAAUCUAUUGUCCUCUGUCUAACUGUUCCAAAAGCGUACAUCCAGUAAAGUCUUUUAAAGGUUUUAAUAUUUCUAAAUGUGUUCUUCCCAUUGAGCUUUUUAGGCAGCUAGGUGGUGCAGUGGAUAGAGUGCUGGGCCUGGAAUCAGGAAAAUCUGAGCUCAAAUCUGGCCUCAGACACUUAUUAGCUGUGUGACCCUGGGCAAGUCACUUAACCUCUGAUUGCCUCAGUUUCCUCAACUGUAAAAUGAGGAUAACAACACCUACCUCCCAGGGUUGUUGUGAGGAUCAAAUAUUUUUUAAAGUCAUAUAUGUUCCUGGCACAUAGUAGGCGCUAUAUAAAUGCUCAUUCCCUUCCCUUUUGACUUUAUGAUGCCAGUAAGUCUCUUGACUUAGAUGCUUAUGUGUCUUUCUUAUCACCUUUUUCCAUUGGUUCAAUUUGACUUCUGGAUUCAAGCUCAAAGCCAUUAGUCUUUUUUCUUUAGAUAAAUUUUUGGGGGGUGAUAUGGGGUUCAGGGACUGGGGAGGACUACAUCGGUAAUUGAAGCAGUGAGGCAACUGAAGGAACUUUUGUUGAGGAACUUUCUCUAACAGUGAGGAGUUGCCAUGGGUAAGUGACAUGCCCAGAGUCCCAUAGCUAUUAUAUGUCAAGAGGCAAGACAUGAAACUCUGGUCUUCCUGACUAGGCCCGCUCUAUCCACUAUGACAUGUUUUGCCUCUCUGACAACCAUUAAGACUAUUAAACUCAUUUCCAUGUUUUUCAAUGAAGUUCAGAUGCAAAUACUCUUGGGCCAAGUCUCUACCCUACUGUUAUUCUUUUGACAUUUAAUGUUCUGCAGGCUUGUAUGAGUAGGUAAAAUAACUAUUGGGAUGUAAAUUCAUCUUAACGUAGGCUCACUGAAAACAUCUUUGGAAAAUGUCCAAAGUAACAUUGAACUUGCAUAUUUCAAAAGAAAAGCAAGCUGUACAUUACACCAUUUCGUGUAAAACCCUGUAUUCUUCUGUAUGUAUGGAAGUUGCCUUUUUAAUUUAAUUUCAGAAUUAAAAGAACAAACAAACUCCAGUAGUAAACAGGAAAAUGGGAAUAUGUAACUCAUCCUUUUCCCACAUGAUUUUGAUUUCUUCCACUGUGUCUAUUUUUAAAAGUUUUUCAUUCCAUGUUAACUUGGAGAUUAUGGGCGUUUUGUAUGGUGACAUCUCUUAAAAGUGUUCUUAAAUUUUUAUGGAUCAAUGUUCAGGAAAUUGUGGGCAAAAGUUCUGUCUGUUAAAGUGGUCCAGAUCCAGUAGUUGGUUUUUUAAAAUUAUCAGAUAUUUUAAGGUCUAUAUUUAUAAUACAUUGGUUUGUCUUCCAUUAGUUUAUGAAAAUUAAUGAGCUGAUGUAUAAUUCUUGCUACCAGGUCAUGUCUUCCUAUGUAUUCAGUAGGAGCAAAAUUUUUGCAGCCUGAAGUAAUGGGUUGCAGUUUCUUCUGUUUUCUGGCAUCAUGUAAAAUGACUGAAGUCCAUAUGUAAUUUCUAGUGACCAUGAACUGGUCUGGAAUUGCUAGCAUAAAUUUCUCUGUUUUUAUGAACAAAUCUGCAUGACUCAGCCAUUGGUUUUGAUACUUCUUUGACUGACAUGCUUUGGGUUGGGUAUAUGAGUAGUCUGGUGAUCACAGAGGGCCUUUGGAGUCCACUCUUGGGCCUUAACCAUUCUACAUGGGCAUGACAAUUGCUAGCGCUGCACUUGACUAACUUCCUUCAGUGCAAGCUUGAUAUCCCAUCUUCUUGAACAGCAACAAUUAUAUAUCUGCUUUCAAAAGGUGAUAAUGCCAGAGACCUGUAAAUAUCUUGUUUGUACAUAGGAUUUUUGCAUUUUGUCUCCCCCAUUAGACUGUGAGCUCUUUGAGAGCAGGAACUUCUGGGGGAGGGGGGGGUAAGGGAACUUUCUUUGUAUCUCCAUUGCUUAGCUCAGUGCCUGGCAGUUACUAGGCAUUUAAUAAAUGCUUGUUGACUUGA